CUCAUUCGAAACGCGAGUAGACACGCUGCCCUCAAAUUUGUGACUCGAACCUUUGCGUCUUCCCGCUGCUUAGACGGUAGUUGCAGCCUUGCGCUUCUCGCCUCUCGCCAGGCAGCUCGCAGAUAAAGCGAACUCGAUCCUCGAAAGAACCACAACUUUUUCGAAACGGUCGAUACCGCACGAAAAGUGCGCAACGGUCAUUCAAGAUGAAGUUCAACAUCGAUGAUUUACCAGUGCUGUUUCCGUAUCCUAGGAUUUAUCCUGAACAAUAUGCCUACAUGUGCGAUCUCAAAAAGACGCUCGAUGCAGGCGGACACUCGGUGCUUGAAAUGCCUUCGGGGACGGGGAAGACCAUCAGUCUUCUGUCGUUGAUCGUGGCGUACCAGAUGUACUAUCCUGAAAAGAGGAAAUUGAUCUAUUGCUCACGUACAAUGUCCGAGAUCGAAAAGGCUCUAGCGGAACUGAAAGCGCUUAUGAAAUAUCGGUCAGAUGAAUUAGGCUAUGUAGAGGAUUUCCGGGGUAUGGGAUUGACCUCAAGAAAGAAUCUGUGUCUGCAUCCGAGUGUGAAGAGGGAGAAGAGCGGUACGGUGGUGGAUGCUAGGUGUAGAUCUCUAACCGCCGGCUUCGUGAAAGAGAAGAAAGAUAGAGGAGAGGAUGUGCAGGUUUGCAUUUAUCAUGAUAACCUUGACUUACUGGAACCCCACAAUUUGAUUCCUACGGGAGUCUGGACUUUCGAUGGUAUCAUGAAGUAUGGAGAACAGCAUAAACAAUGUCCCUACUUCACUGCUCGACGGAUGAUGUCCUUUUGCAACGUAAUCAUCUAUUCCUACCAUUAUCUCCUCGACCCUAAAAUCGCGGAAAGAGUCUCAAAAGAGCUCUCUAAAGACUGCAUAGUCGUUUUUGACGAAGCACACAACAUCGACAACGUAUGUAUUGAAUCGCUAAGCACUGAUAUCACGGAAGAUUCUCUAAGGAGAGCUACGAGAGGAGCGCAGAAUCUUGAGACGAAGAUUUCGGAGAUGAAGGAGAGUGAUUCGGAAAAAUUGCAAAAUGAGUAUGCGAAGUUGGUGGAAGGGCUUAGGGACCAGGAUGAGGCAAGGGAGGAAGAUGCCUUUAUGUCGAAUCCUGCUCUCCCCGAUGAUCUAUUGAAGGAAGCUGUUCCUGGAAAUAUUAGGAGAGCAGAGCAUUUCGUUGCAUUCUUGAAAAGAUUUAUCGAGUACCUCAAGACUCGAAUGAAGGUCCGACAAGUCAUCUCAGAAACCCCUCCUUCCUUCUUAGCACAUCUCAAAGAAUACACUUUCAUAGAGAAGAAGCCUCUACGAUUCUGUGCUGAAAGACUUACCUCACUCGUCCGAACCCUCGAAUUAACUAAUGUCGAAGAUUAUCAACCUCUUCAGGAGGUAGCUACUUUCGCCACCCUCGUCGCUACUUAUGAAAAAGGAUUCCUUCUCAUCUUAGAACCCUACGAAUCUGACACAGCUGAAGUACCCAAUCCAGUUCUCCACUUCACGUGUCUCGAUGCAGCUAUCGCCAUCAAACCCGUCUUUGAUCGCUUCAGCUCCGUCAUUAUCACCUCAGGAACCAUUUCUCCUUUAGAAAUGUACCCCAAGAUGCUGAACUUCACCACCGUGGUCCAAGAAUCCUACCCCAUGACCCUCGCUCGACGAUCCUUCUUACCCAUGAUCGUAACUCGCGGCUCAGACCAAGUACACAUCUCCUCCGGCUUCCAAGUCCGCAACGAACCGUCCGUCGUGCGAAAUUACGGACACCUCCUCACCGAGUUAUCAAAAGUAACACCCGACGGCAUGGUCGUGUUCUUCCCCUCCUACCUGUACAUGGAAAGUAUCAUUAGCAUGUGGCAAGGCAUGGGCAUCCUAGACGAAGUAUGGAAAUACAAACUAAUCCUCGUCGAAACGCCCGACGCCCAAGAAACUUCCCUCGCGCUGGAAACCUACCGGACAGCCUGCUGCAACGGCCGCGGCGCCAUCCUACUCUGCGUCGCAAGAGGGAAGGUAUCCGAGGGUAUCGAUUUCGACCACCAGUACGGCAGAACCGUGCUUUGUAUCGGCGUCCCGUUCCAGUAUACCGAAUCUCGUAUCCUGAAAGCCCGUCUCGAGUUUUUGAGGGAGACGUAUCGGAUCCGCGAGAAUGAUUUCCUGUCCUUCGAUGCUAUGCGACACGCAGCUCAAUGUCUAGGCCGCGUGCUGCGAGGCAAAGAUGAUUACGGGAUAAUGGUGCUAGCCGACCGACGAUUUUUGAAGAAGAGGAAUCAGCUGCCGAAAUGGAUCAAUCAAGCUAUUUUGGAGAGCGAGGUUAAUCUGAGUACGGAUAUGGCGGUGGGGACUGCGAAGAAAUUUUUGAGGGGCAUGGCUCAGCCGUUUAAGGCGAGUGAUCAGGAGGGGAUUAGUACGUGGAGUUUGAAGGAUUUGGAAGCACAUAAGGAGAAGGCGGAUGAGGAGAUUAUUAGGGCGUUGAGAGAAGCGCAGGAGAAUCCGGAGGGGAAGGAGCAGAUUGGGGAUGGGAUGCAGGUUGACCCGGAUGAUUUUGGGAUUGAUGAGGAUGACGAGGCGGCUAUGAUGGAGAUUGAUGCUUAGAGGAAAACAGACCUUGCAGAGCAUGAUCUGAACAGGGGAGAGGAUAAACAGCAGAAGCGUUACCUACAGAUUGUAAGACUAAGUCCAACAUACCAAAAUUGGAAUGUAUCAUGAAUCAUGCUUCAUUAUCUCUUCUUCAUGAUGUACACUACAU